AUGCUGCGCUUCCUGGUGCCCCGGCUGCUUCGCCUCCGAGGCAGGACCGCCCCGUACUCCUCAGCGGCAGCCCUUCCGAACCCCAUCCAGAACCCAGACAUUCGCUACAACCAGCUCUUCAUCAACAACGAGUGGCAGGAUGCCGUCAGCAAGAAGACCUUCCCAACGGUCAACCCCUCCACGGGAGAGGUCAUCGGCCACGUGGCCGAAGGGGACCGAGCGGAUGUGGACCGGGCCGUGAAAGCCGCUCGCGAGGCCUUCCGCCUGGGGUCUCCCUGGCGCCGGAUGGACGCCUCCGAGCGGGGCCGGCUGCUGAACCGCCUGGCUGACCUCGUGGAGCGGGAUCGUGUCUACUUGGCCUCCCUGGAGACCCUGGACAACGGGAAGCCUUUCCAGGAGUCUUACGUCUUGGACCUGGAUGAGGUCAUCAAGGUGUACCGGUACUUUGCCGGCUGGGCGGACAAGUGGCACGGCAAGACCAUCCCCAUGGACGGCGAGCAUUUCUGCUUCACCCGGCACGAGCCCGUGGGCGUCUGCGGGCAGAUAGUCCCGUGGAACUUCCCCUUGGUCAUGCAGGGCUGGAAGCUCGCCCCGGCGCUGGCCACUGGCAACACCGUGGUCAUGAAGGUGGCAGAGCAGACCCCCCUUUCGGCCCUGUACUUGGCCUCCCUCAUCAAGGAGGCAGGCUUUCCCCCGGGGGUGGUGAACAUCAUCACGGGCUAUGGCCCAACCGCGGGAGCGGCCAUCGCCCAGCACAUGGAUGUCGACAAAGUUGCCUUUACGGGCUCGACCGAGGUGGGCCACCUGAUCCAGAAGGCAGCUGGAGAUUCCAACCUCAAGAGGGUCACCUUAGAGCUGGGCGGGAAGAGCCCCAGCAUCGUGCUGGCCGACGCCGACAUGGGCCAUGCGGUGGAGCAGUGCCACGAGGCCCUCUUCUUCAACAUGGGCCAGUGCUGCUGCGCGGGGUCCCGGACCUUCGUCGAAGAGUCCAUCUAUGACGAGUUUCUCGAGAGAACGGUGGAGAAGGCUAAGCAGAGGAAAGUCGGGAACCCCUUUGAGCUAGACACCCAGCAGGGGCCCCAGGUGGACAAGGAGCAGUUUGAGAAAAUCCUGGGCUACAUCCGGGUUGGCCAGAAGGAGGGGGCCAAGCUCCUCUGCGGUGGGGAGCGUUUUGGGGAGCGGGGUUUCUUCAUCAAGCCCACCGUCUUCGGUGGCGUGCAGGAUGACAUGAGGAUCGCCAAGGAGGAGAUCUUCGGGCCCGUGCAGCCCCUGUUCAAGUUCAAGAAGAUCGAGGAGGUGAUUGAGAGGGCCAACAACACCAGGUACGGCUUGGCUGCCGCUGUGUUCACACGGGACCUGGACAAGGCCAUGUACUUCACGCAGGCCCUCCAGGCGGGCACCGUGUGGGUGAACACCUACAAUAUCGUCACUUGCCACACGCCGUUUGGAGGCUUCAAGGAGUCUGGGAACGGGAGGGAGCUGGGGGAGGACGGGCUUAAGGCCUACACAGAGGUGAAGACGGUCACCAUCAAGGUUCCACAGAAGAACUCGUAA